AUAUGGAAAAUUUUAUUUUUAUAAAAUAAGAAAAGGAAAGAAAAUUUAGAGACUUUUCGCCAGCUUCUUUCUCAUCAAUUUUCAAAACUCAAUUCACCUGUUCAACGGUUUCUGCAUUCACCUGUUCGAUUUCUUAGUUUAUUCACUCAAAUUCUAUGGCAAGUCUUUAUAGAGGAGUAUCGAGAGGAGUAUCGAGGAAAGAAAUUAAACCUAGAGGGCGUCAUCAUGGAUUAAGUCAACAGAAGCGGCAAGAAAUUAAGGAAGCGUUUGAGUUGUUCGACACUGAUGGCUCAGGUACAAUUGACGCCAAAGAGCUGAAUGUUGCCAUGAGGGCGCUUGGGUUCGAAAUGACAGAAGAGCAAAUUGCUCAAAUGAUUGCAGAUGUGGAUAAGGAUGGCAGUGGUGCGAUCGACUUUGAUGAAUUUGUCCACAUGAUGACAGCGAAGAUUGGAGAAAGGGACACGAAGGAGGAGCUCAUGAAAGCAUUCCGCAUCAUUGACCAAGAUAACAAUGGAAAGAUCUCUGUUGAUGAUAUUAAACGAAUAGCAAAGGAUCUGGGUGAGAACUUCAGUGACAGAGAGAUUAGAGAGAUGAUUGAGGAAGCGGAUCGAGAUCACGACGGAGAAGUGAAUGUUGAGGAGUUUAUCAGGAUGAUGAAGAGGACAGCGUAUGGUAACUAAAACCACAGCCAGUCAUGUGCAGAGAAUUGGUUCAAGCAUCUAUUUGUAGUAUAUUAGUAUGUUUGUAGAACUCUAUACUGAUACAUUGCUGUAGAACCAGGGUUAUGUGAAAACUUGUUGCGUUUAUUAUUGUUAUUAUUAGUAUUAUCAUUUUCUUGGUCAAA